AUGAUAAGCAAUAAAGAAAUCUUGUAAACCUAUGCAGGAAAGUUUAAAUAGUCACUUUUUAAGUAAUUAUUUAACUUUAGCUUAGUGUUGCUUACUAAAUUAAUUGUUUAAAUAGCCAAUCUCUGUAAGUUAGCUUAAUAUUAUCCAUGAUCUAAUUUUUUUAACUGCUUUAUUUCCCAUUUCAAAUAUAACUUCAAUACGCUUGGCAUAAUCACAAACUUUCAUCAUAAAUUUAAGAAUUUCUUUCAUAUUUUACAAUACUUAGAAUAAUUAUUAAUUAGGACAAAUCUAUGUAUUUAAUGCUAAUGUAUUUUGCGAUUAUUAUUAUAUUACUUACGACUCUGCUUGUAAUUUUAUCAGCUAUUUAAAAAAAACUAUAAAACCAAAGAAUAAUAAUUAUGUUUCUCAGCAAAUCGAUACAAUUUAUUAUGACAAUUGGAUUUGCUGCAAUUAUGAGAAUACUUUCAGGAGUAAUUAAAUUAAUUUUAUUAAGCAUAGUUUCUUAUCUGCAAAUCAGAUUAAAACGGGACUCUCAGAAUGUUAUAUCUUGUUGAACAAGAGUGUUGGGUAGGGGAUUAUGUGUAUCAUGCAAUAAUUGUUAUUCUUUCACUUUUUAUUUUGCUUUUUUUACUGUUAACGUGCAAUAAAAUAUUUAUUGACUUAAAAAACAACAAGAAAAAUACAUUUUCAUAGAAACAGGGUGAUUCUUAUUUUAAAGUAUUUGUUUAUGUAAUCUUUUCUAUAACAUCCUCAACUAUAAUAAAAUAGCCUUAAUAUUCAUUCUGUGUAAUUGCUAUUUAAAAUAUAACAAGCUUAUCACUAUUUUGUAGUAUGUUUUACAACAGUCCUUUCUAUAACUCUAUUAUAUAGAAGGUUUGGGUAUCAAUAAGUGGAAUAGUGUUCUACACUAAUUUAAUGUUGUUUAUCACAUUCUUAUUCGAAUAAAUAGUUGUUUAGAAUUUCAUGAUAGGCUGGAUAAUUACAUGUCCUAUGAUAAUAGUCAUUCUAUUUGGAAGAUAAAAAGAUUAAAUUGAUUUAUUAAAAAUCAAUUUUUCAAGAUAUUAGGAAACUGAAAUGAUUAUGAAAGAAUGUGAAUAUUUAUUAGAAUUGGUAGAUUCUUCUGAAAAAGACUUAAAUAAACAGAUUUAAAUAUUAGGAUUUUUAGAAUUGCAUGAAUAAACUUGUUUUAAAUCAAAUUGUGCAAUUCUUAUCAAUAAAAAUCUUUCAAUAAAAUAUAAAGAUAAUCCAAAGUAUACUGAUGAAAGAUAAGUUUUAAAAGAACUUAUAAAUUAAUUCUAUCAAAAUGGUUUACAUAAAUUUCCUUAAAGUAUUGAUCUUAAAUUACAUUACAGUUAUUACCUUUUUGAUUAUUUAGAUGAUGGAUAAAAAGCUUUAUUUGAAUUAGAAAAAGCUGAACUUUUAAAUCCAGAUAUUGGAUAAUAAUUUUAGAUUUACAAAAUAAGAAAAUCUAUCGAAUUUUCAUUUUAAAAAUAGUAAUUUGAUGUAAAUAAAAUUUAAUAAGCUCUUUAAAAUGAUAGAAAUAUAGAAUUUUAACAAAAGUAGUUAAAUUAAAAAUUUUAAGAAUGUUCUUAUCAAAUGCUUUAAUUUUGGAGUUAGCUUCUAGAAGAAAUACCAAAUUUAUCAAUUUUAAAAAUGCAUGGUAGGUAAGUAUUGAUAUCAAUUGAUAAAAUUAGAAAAUAACUAACAAUUAUGUAAAGAUCAAACACAUUCAAUUCAAAUUCAAAAAAACUUUUAAGCAAAUUUGCUGAAUAUGUGUUUUAAAUAAUGGAUGCAGCACAAUUUAAUUUGAUUUGCAAAAAUUAAGAAUAUGAUUAAUUUUCCUUAUAAUCUAAAUUCUUGGAAUAAAGUUUUCUAUAAAAAUCUGAAGAUUUGGGUUCUUAUCCCUAUCCUGUAAUUGUAUUAGAAUUAUUUAAUAAUAAUAAUUAAGUUUCGAUUGUAAAAAAUAUCAAUUAAGCUACUUAUUCUUUAUUAGGGUAUUCAAAAACCGAUAUAAUAGGGCACUCAAUUUCAGAGCUGUUAUAAAAUAAGUAUAUUUCAUAAUAUUAUGAAGCUAUUCAAAAUUACAUCAAUGUUUUGUACAAAGUUAUUUUGCAUCAGAUUAAUAAGAUUAGAUUUCAAUUUUGCCAGUAAGAUAAUUAUUUUUCUAAACAAAAUCUUAAUAUGUUGUACUAAUUUAAACUACUGGUACUAUAUUUUAAACAGAUAAAGGAGUUUUUCUAUUCUUGAGAUUGACUAAAGAUAUUAAUUAUCGUAAUUUUGCUUAUAUUAUUUUUAAUGAAGAUGGCAAAAUUGAGAAUAUUUCAUCUACUUGUAUCUCUAUUUUAAAAUUAGACAUUCGUAAACUUUAAAUAAGAUAGUUAUUUAUUUAGCAAUUAUUCCCCUAUUUAUUAUCUAAUAAAGAAACCUAUUUCAAUAAAAUGAAAAAUAUUGCAUUUAAUUUUUAGAAAUCAAAAGAGAAAAGCAUGAUUUUUGAAGAUGAAGAAAAAGAGGAACUGAAUUCAAUUGAAUUAAUGGGAUAAUUAUUUUAAAUAUAAUUGAAUAGUGAAUUUAUCAAAAAAGGAGAAAAGUAAUAACAGUUUGGUUAUUAUUUAAAAAUAGAAUAAAUUGAAAGCAAUUAUUUUAUCAAUACUCCCAUAAUUAAAAAAUAUCAUUCAAAAAUGUAAUUUUAAUUUUGCCAUGAACAACAUGCAUACAUUUGUAAUAAUUUAUGUAAAUUUAGAUGGAAAUGUUAGUUAAAUUAGUUUAUAAUUAGACUCUGUUAAAGGAGAUAGCGAAAUUUAAGAAGAAAACUAAUAACCUAUAUUUAUCUAAUCAAGAUAAUAAUCUAGAAAAUAGUUCUCAUUAACUUCCUACAGACUUUAGAAGAUUUAUGGUGCAGACAUAAAAACCCUAAGAUUAUUUCAAAAUGAGAUUAAGGAUGUUAUAGAUUAUAACGAGGAGGAAGAAGACGAAGAUUACGUAAAGGAAUUUACAUAAAGCUCUAAAUAAAAAGAAGAAAUUAACAUAUCUUAAUCUAAUAGUAUCAAUUCUUAAAAUGACUUAAUGUUAUUCUUGUAAAAUAUAAACUAUCCUACUGUUUUGAGAAGGCUUAUUCUUUUAAACAAUAUAUUAAUAGUUGUAUUAUUUAUACUAUCUUGUGUGAUGUAUUCAACUUUAUAUGAUACUUUAACAAAAUUUUAAACUGCUAUAGAACUUGCAGCUGCUAGUAACUAACGAUUUAAUUCUCUAUUAAAAAUAUAAUCAAUCCUUUAAGAUUUGAGAGGUUGCAACUUAAAUAUCGAAGCUUCUGCAUUUGACAGCGAUAAAGAAAAGUUUGUAAAUUCAAAUUUUUAGGAUUUUAAGAAUGAAUUAAACUUAUUAUUUGAGUCUAAUUAAUUGUUAACUUCUUCUUAACUAAAAAUUAACAAAAAAUAUUAAGAUUAUAUUGAUUAAUUCGAGUAAUCCGUAAUUUAGAUGUAUUAAUUAGAUAAUAGCUAUCAAAACUUUUCGUAUACUCAAGCAGUAUCACAAUUAAUUGCAAGAGCUAUAACUUUAAAUAGUAGCAAUCUGGAUAAAUUUAAUGACAAAUAGGAGGAUUUCCAUUAUUAUUUGCAUAACACUUUUAACUCAAUUGCAAAAUAUUAGUAUGUCUCUUAAAACUACUACUUUUCAAAUAUAUAAAGCUUAUUAGAGGAUUUAGAAACAUAUGAAAAUUUUUUUUUCAUUCUUCAAUCAUGCUGUUUGUGUUUAAUAUUUUUAUUUUGUUAAUUAUACAUACGUUCUCAUUAAUAUCAUUUGAGAAAUAUCAUUUCAGCUUUUUUAGAAAUAAAAAAUCAUUAUGUAAAAUAAAUAUUCCAUAGAAUACAAAUUUUUAUCUAAAUACUUCAGACAAAUGAUGAUGAAGAUGAUGUAAAAAAUUUAAUUAUUUUAGGUAGAAUAAUUAGAUUUGGAAGACCAUGAAAAUUAAGAAGGAGAAUUAAUUAAUAAAAGUCGGAAAAGAUUAUCUUAGUUCUCUAUGAAAGUUGAAAGCAAAUUUUAAAUUCAAAUAAUUUUUGUUACUUUAUUAUUUUAUUCUUACUUUAGUUAUUUGUACUUUAGUUCUGCAGUAAAUAAUAAUUAUAUCUAUUUUAGAUAAUUAUUGAUUAAACAAAUUUACUCAUUCCCCUUGUCAAUAUAACCUCUUAUAUUCCAACUUAAUACACUAUACUUGAUAAUAGUAUAAGGGAAAUGCUUUUUGAUGAGAAGGCUAUCACGACGCAUGAAUUAAAUUCAAUAAAGAAAAUGAAUUUUAUGAUUGAUUCACUUUAGAUUUAAGAUGCUGAAAUGCAUGUAUUGAAUUAAAAAAAUGAAGAUAUUCUAUCAGAAGAAUAUUCUUAACUUUUCAAUGAAAUUUAUAUUGUAAAUCCAUGUAACGUUAUUAUUGAAAAUGAUUUAAAAGUGACAAAUACAACUUGUUUAUCAUUUAGUAAGAAUAUUCUAUAAGAGGGAUUAGCAGUUGCUAUUUCAAACUUUUUUGAAAAUGCUGAUAAAAUGAUAUCUUAUUAUGCUUACUAUAAUUCUAAUGUUGUUUAUUCAGAUUUAACCUAUAAUCUUAGUACAAAUCAUAAGAAAAACUAUACAUAUAAUAUUCUAAAUAGUAUUUAUAGUAAAGAAAAUAGAUAAAUGCAAAAAAUUUUCAUAAAGAUAUGUCAUUUAUAACUAAUUUAAGAGUUAUAAACUUAGUUAAAUAACUAUUAUUCCUUCCUGGCAUUUUAAUUAACUCUGCUGUUCUUGAUAUUUUGUAUGAUUAUAAUAUUUAUCUACUUUAUGAUUUGGAUCCCAUUAUUAACCAAUUUUUAUUUUGAAAUAAAAAAAACAUUAGAAAUUUUAACUAUAAUUCCUAUUGAAUAUUUGACUAAAAUUGGAUAGCUAUAAGAAUAUAUCAAAAGCUUGAAAAAGCAUAAUUAUUGA